AUGUUGCAGGUGUCGUGGAUCCGGCAUCGAGACCUGCACAUCCUGACGGUGGGCGGCUACACGUACACGUCGGACCAGCGGUUCCAGGCGACGCACUCGCCACAAACAGACGACUGGACGCUGCACAUCAAGUGGGCGCAGCAGCGCGACGCCGGCGUCUACGAGUGCCAAGUGUCCACGCAGCCCGUGCGCUCCUUCUUCGUCACGCUGCAUGUUGUCGAUUGCGACGAGAUCUACCAGCGGAUGUUAUCCGAUGCAGUGCCAUCAGCUCGCAUCCUGGGCGGGCCGGACCUGCACGUGGACAUGGGCUCCACCAUCAACCUCACCUGCCUCAUCCAGUUCUCCCCGGAGCCGCCCGCCUACAUAUUCUGGUACCACGAGGACGAGUGUGGCUGUGUGAGCCGCCCGAGCAGAUAUAUCAAUGUGGCUGCGUUGUGUGUGAAGCAGGUGAUAUCGUACGACUCGUCGCGCGGCGGCGUGUCGGUCGUCACGGAGAAGGGCGCGGCCACCACCUCAUACCUGCUGGUGCAGGACGCCGCGCCCGCAGACUCCGGCCGCUACUCCUGCUCACCCUCCAACGCGGAGGUCGCGUCAGUGCGCGUGCACGUGCUCAAUGGGGAGCGGCCGGCGGCCAUGCAGACGGGCAGCGCGGGGCUGUCCAACAGCUCGCGCGUGAUCGCGGCGCUGCUGGCGCUGUGCGCGCUGCACGCGCGGCUGCUGCGCGCCCAGCUCGGCUCCAGCUGAUCGCGCGCGCCUCCCCGCGCACGUGCAGUGCAGUGUACCCAGACUCUAACUAUUCAUGGACACGCACAAGAAACACCAGUUUCUUUAAAUUUUUUAUCGAGAAAACUUAGUUUUCGACUAGCUAAGUAAAUAAAUAAAUAAACUAUUCGAGUAAAUACCGAA